AUGGGCAGUGCAGCACGACUAACACGAGUGAUAAUAGUUGUGGUAUCAUUGUUUCUACUUGUUACUGGUUUAAUUUUGAAUGCAAUUGGAGGAUUGAACCCGUCAUGGCAGGUGGUGGACAUAAGAGAGUUUCAAGCUGAGCAUCAUGUAAGUUAACAGAUAUAUGGUUGAUAUUGGCCUAAAACUAUGUUACUUGAGCUUGGCCCAUUCGUAUUUUUCCCGACCUUUUACUAUCUUUCUAUACCCAUGAGCUUUUUAACUUAUCGUGUCCUAUCCUAACCUACAUACCUUAUACUACACUGUCCUGACCUGAUUGGCCCUACCCUAUCCUACCUUACUCUACCCUACAUUGCCUUAUCCUACCGCAUUGUAAACUAAAAUGAAAACCAAAAUGGUUAUAAUUUCUUUCAGCACGGCCUAUGGCUGGACUGUACCCGAGCAGACAGAGCAUUUUUAUCUCCAAAUCGACUAGUUGACAAGAGUCCCCUACACUGUACAUACAAGUUUGAUCAAAACGCCGCUCAAGUUUUGGAUGAAAGUCAAAUGGACGCAGAUGCUCACUCAUCAGCCGCCGAGGCUGAACACCAUCAUUUCUAUGGUAAUUUUGUAACAACUAUUAUAUAUUUUUGAGCUACUAUUUACCGUAGUGUAUUAUCAAGACUAAAUCAAGACUAAAGCAUGUCUUAUGCACUACUCAAUGUGAUACAUCAACUAAUAUUAUUUUUGUAUACACCAAAUAAAAAUGAUUUUUUAGGUUGGCACAAGGCCGUGUUGCUGUUCAUCAUCCUCUCUUUUGGAGCUGGUUGCUUAUCAGUAAUGGUUGGGUUUUGCUCUCCUUGUGCACCAGCUUAUGCCAUGAUCUAUGCUUUCUUGAACUUUACUACUUGUAAGUGUAAAACUCUAGUUUUACAGAGUAAAUCGUUACAUUUUUCUGAUUUUUUCACAUUUUAAAGGCCUAAAACUAGUUUAAAAUCACUUUUUUUGACUUUAAAUAUUACUUUUUGGUCAAAAAAUUAAAAUUAAUUUAAAAAUUUUGAAAAAUUUGAUCAAAAUAAACUUAAAAAUUUUAAAACACCGUAUUUUAGGGUUCACCGGAGCCUGCGCCGUCGGCAUUUUCUUCUUCGCGGCCCAUCGCGUUGAUUCACGAUUCGUACAAGGCUUGGUAGCAACAUACGAACAAACCAUCGGCUCAGCAUUCUACUUCUACUCUGCUGGUGUUAUAUUGCACUUCUUUGUGUUCGUAUUGAGUGUCAUUAUUGCUUACCAGUCAUUGAGACGUGAUGAUGAAGAUGACGAACUGCCUAUUCGCGAGUUGGCUCCCUUGUAUCGUCAUCAGGUUUACGGCAAAACUGCGGUUUAA